AUGGGUUCUGUUGCGCCUUCUCCUGCGGAGCUCGACGCCUCCGUCGUCAAGGUUACUCGCUCGACCAACCUUCGCGAUGUGCCUCUUCCUGGCUCCCCCGAAAAAUUGAGCCACUCCCACUGCACCGACCACAUGGUCACUGUGCGUUGGACCGUCGCCAAUGGCUGGGAAACUCCUGAGGUGCGGCCAUUCGAGAACUUGAGCAUCCCGCCCACGGCCUCGUGCUUGCACUAUGCCACCGAGUGUUUCGAGGGUAUGAAGGUGUACCGGGGAUUUGAUGGAAAGCUGCGUCUGUUCCGGCCUGACUGCAAUGGCGAGCGUCUGAUGAACAGCGCUAAGCGGUCUUCUUUGCCCUCGUUCCGGUAUGAGGAGAUCAAGCGCCUCAUUGCUAAGUUGAUGCAGAUCGAUGGACCUCGUUGGCUACCCAAGGAUCAACCCGGUCGUUUCCUCUACCUUCGUCCCGCGAUGAUUGGCAGCGGCCCACACCUGGGCGUCCAGACACCCAAGGAAGCCCUUCUUUUCAUCAUCGCCGUGCCGUGGCCCGACCCCUCGAAGAAGGUGUCCGAGCAGCCUGGCGUUCCGUCUGGGCUGAAGCUUUACGCUUCCCAGCCUGACAGCAUCCGCGCUUGGCCUGGUGGUUUCGGAUACGCGAAGCUCGGCGCCAACUAUGGUCCGUCGUUGCUGGCGCAUGGCAAGGCGCAGGAGCUUGGGUUCGACCAGGUGCUGUGGCUGUUCGGUGAAGACCGUCAGGUGACUGAAGCGGGUGCCAGUAACUUCUUCGUGGUGUGGGAGAACAAGGAGACGAAGAAGCUGGAGCUGGUUACUCCGUCGUUGGAGAGUCAGCUCAUCCUUCCGGGUGUUACUCGUCGUAGUGUGCUGGAGUUGGCCAGGGAGCGUCUGACUCAGUCCGUGGGCAAGCUCGCUGCUGUUGAUGUUGUCGAGAAGCACUUCACUAUUGGCGAUGUUGAGGAGGCUUGGAAGGAGGGGAGAAUUGUGGAGUCGUUUGUCUGUGGUACUGCUUUCUUCGUCACUCCUGUCAAGCUCAUUCGCAACGGAGACGUAGAUAUGAACAUGCAGGAGGCCGGUGCUGAACGCGCCGGAUAUGCUGCUCAGAUCAAGGCCUGGCUCGAGGCCAUCAUGUUCGGCAUGAAGGGCGAGGCGGCCCAUGAGUGGGGAUAUGUCAUUGAUGGUGAAGUUGAGCAGUAA